AUGGUGGAGAUGAGUGGUAGCGGCCUUGCGGGAGUAAGGCGCCUUCACAACGAGCGUGAGAAAAGGCGGCGACCACGGACGGCAACGACAACACGCCCCCGAGCUGUCGAUGCUGCAGGUGGAUGUUCCCACGACAAUGCCCGUUCGACCUUCGUCGAAGAACCCCCCCGCGCGCGCGCUCCAAGGGUAUCCCCGAGGCAGCGCCGACGUAUAGAAGACACUCACGCCUACCUCUGUUCGAAGGUAGACCCGGUUAUGGGCUCCCUCAUCCUGGUGCUGAUGGAGAGCAGACCCGAGGAAAUUCGCAAGGCGGCGUUGGAUCACCUCCUGUUCAAGAAGCGAAUGAGAGAAGCAAGCGCAGAUGAUACCGGUGUAGGCAGAGCUGCGGGAGGAAACGCCACGGCGGCAGACCCUCAACAAUAUAUUAGUGGCAUCGAAGUCGAGGAGGAGGAGGCUGCACAGCGACGGCGACUCGCUCGGCAUCAGGACCGCGUGUUCAUGGCUCGAGAGGUUGGGCCGCUUGUUACCGAGCUCAUCCGCCGGACGCUGCGUUCGAUGCCGGCCGACGUGGAGCUCUUCCUCAUCGAACAACUCAAGGGGGUUCCUUCGGGCGGCGCAUGCGAUCAGGACAUGAACGACAACAACGAUCGCCUUGCUUUUCCUCCACCCAAUGGGGCUGAACCCAUCAGCAGGAGUAGCAAACAACACCAAAUCGGCCACAGAUCGGGCCAACCGCACUGGCCAGGGAGGCCGUCCACGGCAAGAAGCCGUCUGCAGCAGGCCCAGAGCUUGGACCUCCAAGUUCAGCAGACAUCCCCGCCGUUGUCGGGGAGGACCGAGGCGCGAAGGUCGCCGAGCCAUCCUCGAGGACCGCAGAGCGGGGGCUUUCCCGACGAGGACGACCUCGGUGCAGACGGUGUUGGCGGAGAAUCCUCGCGACCGGGAGGUGGCGGUAGGGCCGUCGUGGACGGGGUGAAGGAGAGCCUGAACAAGCCAUGGGACGUCGAGAGUCUGGAAUCUAUAACCCACGACCAUUGGCGAUGGCUACAUCGGCGAUGCAUUCUACCCGACCCAGCAAUUACCGCACCCACGGUGCAAGGGUCCAACUACAUCCAACUUACGGUGCCCACGACACCCCCCUCCUCCACCUCUUCUAUUGUGCAUGGCCUCCAGAUAUCGUCGAAGUUGAAUACCAUGCCAUUUGAAGACCAGCCCCGGGCACCCAGCAAACCGAAGCAGAAGCUUGCUGUCAUCUUGUUGCUCGGGCUGGACGGAGCAGGGAAGACCACGCUGCUAGGAACACUGCAGGGCGAGCAAAAUCCACGGGUUCGUCCCAGUGUCGGAUUCAAGCCGGUGACAAUGAUGCUCAGCGACGAGCUCAAGGUAAAGUUCUACGAUCUGGGCGGGGGCAAGAACAUCCGGAGCAUCUGGAACAAGUACUACCACGACGCGCACGGCCUGCUCUACGUCGUAGACGGGGCGGACGGGGAUCGUUGGGGACAGAGCAAGGACAUUUUCUUCGCCGCCACGAGCCACAAGUACCUCCAAGGAAAGCCUUUGGCUCUCAUCCUGAACAAGGAGGACGCUGGGCUGCAGAUCAGGGAGGAGAAGGCCGCCGCUGACCUCGGAUUGAGCAAUAGAAGAGACGCGAAGGUGUGCCACUGCUCGGUGAACGCGUCGAAGGCCGCGGGAGGAGUGCCUGACGAGCGGUUGGAAGGGGCGGUGGAAUGGCUUCUGGAGACUAUCAAUGAGAGUUUCCCUGCGCUAAACGAGCGCGUUCAGCACGACCUCCAGGACAUGGAGAGAGAGUUCCAGCUGGAGAAGGAGAGGAAACAGCUUCAAGUGAUGCGGGGCUUGCUGCGCAAGGCUUUCCCGCAGGUGGAGGGGGGCGAGAGAGAAGAUUGUUUUGACGAGAGCGAAGGAUUGGAGUUUCUGACGAGCGAGGUGGGGUUGGAGCCGGGAACGCUGGACGCGGAAGGAGCGGAAAUCGCCUCCCUUGUGGGUUACCAGAAGGUUCGUGUGUUCGUGUGA